AUGCCAGUAACUCUAAGAUUCAAACCUACGGGGGAAGAAUUUGUCAUUACAUUUGGCUAUGCACUCUUUAUCUUCGCUCUCGUUGCGCCGCCAAAUGUGCUACUUUCUUCAGGCCUUACCAUCGAAAAACUCUUCCAUCGGCUUUUGGGCUCUGAAGAACUUUCAUUUACUGCUUAUCACCUUAGAAGAACAGCUCUUUUAACCGUUCUCUCUGCUCUUAUUCCUCUAGGCAAUGCAUUUGGAGACCCUGAACUCGGUCUCCUAAAUGCUGUUGGUAAUGCUGGGUUGGCCCUCUCCGUUGCUCUGGUUGUGACUGUCUUUUCUUACAUCUACCUCGAGUGGUAUGCACAUGGUAAAUGGACGGGACAUCCUGGAAUGCAGGCGAUGAAAAAAAUUGCCGACCACAUUUCUUCUUCCUCUUCCUUGUUGUCAUCAGUCAAUUCAGACGAGCUGGAAUUUCUUCGAAGUCACCCCAGUCCAGAAGGAGUAGCUUCUAGCAUUGAUCAAGAGUUUCGCAGAAUGGAAAAAUUUAUUGCCUUCGCCGGCCGCGGUCUUACCUCCUCUUGGUCGGGUCGUCGAAUUGUCGUAACGCCCUCGUGGAUUCUCUUCUCAUACCGCACAACCUUCCUGCCGAUUUGCCAACUCCUAGGUCAUUUGGGCGCUGUUGUUGUGGGAACGCGGUGGAUUAACAAUCAAAUGGCUUCAUUCGAAGAGGAACAGGAACAGACCGAUUUGGUGCUCGGAAGUGGUGUGGUUAUGGCAACUAUCAGAAUCGCUGACAUGGAUAGUGGAGCAUGUAUGCUCUCGUUUGACCUCCCGGCAAGUGAAUUAGAAAAUUUCCGUCUCUACUUACGCUGCCCGUUGGUCUACGCGCAGGGCGUUUCCCUCGAACCGAACAUAAUUCAACGUUUUCUGGAAGCAUUCUCUACAGCCGUUCAGGAAAACGAGCCUAUCGAACUUCCCUCUAGUAUGGAACUUGAACGGUGCAUAGGCUGUCUCAACACCCAGACAAAUGUAGCCAUACGUCGCAGUUGUGCAGGCAAGUGCGGAUCCUGCCGAUGUCGGCCAAUGUGGUGUGAGAUGUGUGUGGGGCGAUGGUUUGCAUCGCGGCUGGCUCAAUCGCAUGUGUUAACCUCGGAAUGGUUAGCUUCUCGUGUCCCCUGUCCCACAUGUCGAAGCCUCUUUUGCGUUCGAGAUGUGCUUCCAUUGAGUCGCGCCCCAUCCUAA